AUGGCGAGCGCGGGAGAGAUCGUAGGGCUGUACCGCGCGAUGCAGCGGAGCGCGAGGAAGUUCGCCAACUACAACGUCCGAGAGUACGCGAAGCGCAAGCUCCGCGAGGCGUUCCACGAGAACGCGGGGUUAAAAGGCGAGGAAGCCGCGGCGGCGCUCGCCAAGGCGAAGACCGAAGCGGAGGUGAUGAAGAGGCAGGUGGAGGUGUACAAGAUGUUCGGGUCCGCGCAGAAGAGCGUCGUGGAGUUGACGGGGAGGAACGGCGUAAAGAAACCGUGAACCGCUUCGCUCGCGCUCGCACGCCGCCGCGCCGCUCGCUUUAACACUACAACAGAACUACUAGCA